AUGAGGAAGCAAUUAAAGGGCCCUAAGGAAGACACAACAAGAAGUGCAUUGAGACAAAGGGAUUGCAUUGUAGGCUAUUUACACAUUUGUUUUGUGGCUUCCUUUGGGAAGUGUGUUUGUACUUUGUGGGGUUGUAUGCUUGUGUGUCGGCGUCCUUGCGAUUCGAAUGAAGUGAGAAAUAUGCUGCCGACAUUGUUACGAAUACCACCACUAACAAAAAUGGUUCAAUUACCGUUCCAUAUGGGUGCAUUUCUCAAAGCCGGAGAAUAUGAAUAUCAGGAUUCAGUGUGGGGAAGUGAGGUCGUUUAUGUCAAUUUUGUUUUACCCGAUGGAACGGUCAAGAAAGUUAGAGGCAAAGUUGGUGAUAAUGUUAUGUAUCUGGCACACAGGUAUAAAAUCGAUAUUGAAGGAGCAUGUGAGGCUUCGUGUGCUUGUUCUACUUGUCAUGUAUAUGUCGACGAGAAGUUUUAUCGGAAGUUACCUGAAGCAAAGGAAGCCGAGGAUGAUAUGCUGGAUAUGGCCCCCGCAUUGAAGCCUAAUUCUCGCCUUUCAUGUCAAAUUACUUUAACUAAAGAAUUAGAUAAUAUUGUAUUAACUUUGCCCCCAAUAACUAGGAAUUUCUAUGUUGACGGUCAUGUACCAACACCGCACUGA